AUGUCUCGUGCCCUUUCAAGUCUUGGCUCUUUUGAUGAGGCCGGAGAUGCCAGCGCUGCGCUCGAGCGAGCCUACCGCAAGGUCGACCGCCGCUUGCUCGCUUGGUAUCUCGUCGUCUUGAGCAUUGUAAGGCUCGAGGCCCACAACAUCGUUAAUGCGGCUAUCAUGAACAUUGAGGCUGGCAUCGACAUCAAGCACCAGCUCGGCGAUCUCACAGAUGUGCAGUGUGCGGCAGUCCUGAGCGCCUUCCAUUACCCCUUUAUCGUUUGCGAACCUCUAUCCACGCUGCUGCUGAAGCAAUUCACUCCUCGCCUCUGGAUGGGCAGGAUCAUGAUAUCUUGGGGUAUCAUCGCCACUUGCACGGGCGCAGUACAGAACUUCGGGGGCCUCUUCGCGUGUCGGUUUCUGCUCGGUCUAGCUGAGGCUGGCUUCCUACCAGGAAUCGUGUUUCACCUCUCAUUCCACUACCCGACGGAUCGCCUGCCUCUUAGAGUCGCUAUACUCGUUGCGCUCAUCACCUUCGCAAGUGCGCUGAGUGGCAUUCUCUCGUACGCCAUUUCAUUCAUGAACGGCAUUUGCGGGCUUGCCGGCUGGCGUUGGCUGUUUCUGAUCGAAGGUGGGCCAGCUGUGCUUUGCGGUAUCAGCACUUUGGUCUGGCUCCCGAACUAUCCAGAGGACGCCAGCAUGUUCACCGAAGCGGAAAGAGCAGCAAUCCUGGCUAAUCGUCAGAAGUCGCAGCCCUCUUCAAAAGAACAAACCUGGAACUGGGCACGAGUCAAAGCUUUGUUGAAAGACUGGACGCUGUAUACAUUCUCCGUCCUUUGGAUCUGUCAAGUCAUCGGCGCCUAUGGAGUUGCUAUGGCUCUUCCCACCGUCAUUCACGACCUAGGCUUGACAAGCUCCGCAUCCUCACAGCUAUUAACGAUCCCCCCUUCUAUCAUCGGGGGCUGUUUACUGCUCGCCAUUGCCGGAGCGAUACAAAAGAAGAAGCUGAAGCCGUGGCUAGCUGCUGGAGCCCUAGACGCAUGCGUCCUUGUCUGCUACAUCGCUCUGGUCUUUGUCAAAGGUCCCAUCACCCGCUACGUCCUCAUACUCCUGGCUCUAGUAUUCGCUAUGGGCGUGCUACCCAUACUGUGGCCGGAGCGAAUGAGGGCAACGGAUGGUACAACAAAUGCUGGUCUGGCCAUUGGCAUCACAUUCGCGGUUUCUUCCCUGCAUGGCAUUCUUGCGCCGCAUGUCUAUCUUACUCGGUUCGCGCCAACUUACAGGACCAGCUUCAUUAUAUCUGCCGCCUUGGUUGCUGGCGCGAUCGUGGCGAUAGCGGUCACGAAAGUCCUGGUGGAGCGGAAGUAUAGGAGGCGGGCGGAGGUCGAGUCUGAGAAAGACUGA